ACAACCUUCGACGAUGACCCCGCAGCUAGUUCUUGUUCUCUGCAUCUCUGUCAUGGGGACAAAGGCGUUUACCCCGUUCCAAGUGGUCGAUGACUACGUGUCGGAGUUUCAGAACGAUCUGCUUCUAUUGAAAACAACGCCGUCCUUCGAAGAGGCCCCGACGCCGAAGCACUACGCCAAAGAAAAGGACGAGGCCAAGGCAGGAUUGGUGGAAGAAUACGACUUCAUCGUAGUCGGCUCGGGAGCGUCCGGUUCGGCGAUAGCGAGCCGCCUCACCGAAAUACCGGAAUGGAGGGUGCUCCUCCUGGAAGCGGGUACCGCCGAGAACGCCGUCACCAAGGUGCCAGCCAUGCAGCCGUACCUGGCCACCACGCCUUUCACUUGGCAGCUCAAGACCGUGCCGCAGAACACUUCUUGUUUGGGCACCGAGAACCACGAAUGCGCCGUGGGAACGGGCAAAGCUUUGGGUGGCGACACCGCAACCAACGACAUGCUGUACACCAGAGGACAUCCGAGGGAUUACGACGAUUGGGCCGACCAGGACCUGCAGGGCUGGUGCUGGCAGAGCGUGUUUCCCUACUUGCAGAAGAUCGAGGACGCCUUCGCUGACGGUUUGGACAGAAAACUGCACCAUUACGGAGGUCCAGUACAUCUGGAGAACUUCCAGUACUCCACCCGAUUAGCCACCGACAUUCUCGAAGCCGCCCACGAAUUGGGAAUUAAACAGAUCGACUACAACGGCAAGGAACGCCUCGGUUUCGGCGUGCCCCAGGUCACCACGAAAGACGGAAGGAGAAAUAGCGCGGCUUCCGCCUACUUGGCGAAGGCCUACAAAAGGAAGAACCUGAUCAUCAGCACCGACAGCCAAGUCGUCGAGGUGCUCGUUAGCCACCACACCAAGGAGGCCAACGGGGUGACGUACUACCGCGGGGGACAACUGCACGUGGCCAAAGCGGCCAAGGAAGUCAUCCUGUCCGCUGGAGCUGUCAGCACGGCGCAGUUGCUGUUGUUGUCCGGUAUCGGCUCCGAGCACGACCUGAAGGAACUCAACAUCUCGGUGGUGUCGGACCUCAAAGUGGGAUACAAUUUGAAGGACCAUGUCUCCUUCAUAGGACUGAAUUUCGUGGUUAAUAACACUAACAUAGAAAGCGACGGCCACGAGUGUCACAGUGCUGUAGUGGACUACCUCAAAUACGGGAAAGGUCCUCUCACCACCACCGGUCUGGAACUGGUAGGAUUUCUGCAGACAGAAGCCUCGAAGAUCAAGGCUCACUAUCCAGACGUACAGUUACUGAUCACUAGGAAUAUUUACAAUCAAGGCCACCACCACCUAAGACACUUGAAUAUCCGCAAGGACGUCUACGACGCCGUAUGGGCCCCCUUGGAGGGAAAAGAGGGCUUCACCGUCGAGGUGGUGCUCCUCCACCCCAAAUCUACCGGGUACGUGAAACUCCACGGUAAGGAGUCCUCCUGGCAUCCCAACAUAAAUCCCAACUCUCUCUCCGACACUGACGACGAAGACGUCGACACAAUUCUAGCGGGAAUCCACGAGGCUUUGAAGUUGGUCCAUACCGAGGCCCUGAAGAAGUACGGCGUCCACUUAAGUCAACACCAGGUGCCCGGCUGCGAGCACGGCGACCAUGGCGACCUAAACGACGAGUACUGGAGGUGCGCCAUCAGACAACUGUCCGUAAACUCUAGGCAUUUUACUGGCACGGCCAAGAUGGGCCCAAAGAACGACAAGGAAGCCGUCGUGGACGAGGACUUGAGGGUGUACGGCGUCCACAAGCUAAGAGUGGCCGAUUCUAGUGUCAUCCCGGUUAGUAUAUCGGGGAAUUUGAUGGCAGCGAACCUGGUGAUCGGCGAGAAGGCCGCCGAUAUCGUCAAGAAGGACUGGCUUAAGGAAAAGUGCCAAUGCGAACUCUGAGCGAAACGACAGAGCGUUUACUCGUAAUAAUAUGAGCAAUUAUCCAUUUUAUAACAUAAGAUAAUUUUGUAUUUAGAUAAAAAUAAAUCAAAUAAACAGUAUGUUCUACAUCAAGUGAA